UAUAUAUAUAUAUACGUAUGUAUUAUUUUUAAAUAGUAUUAUUUUGGUAGUUGGACUGAAAUGAAUGAAAAAGGUUGUUGAAAUGUCUCUUAUUAGUAAUAUAGAGUGUGUCGUGUAUUUUAGGUAUAUUAGCACCUACAUGUAUUCAUUCAUUUAUUUUAAUAAGAGAAGCUUUCAUUUCUACACUUCCACUUCUAUAUCUUUUCAUAUUGUCUUGAUAUAUUUUUUAAAUAGAGUAUAUGAUACAAAAUGCCAUUAUUAAAAGAUCUAAAACCUUUUUAAAUUAUAAUUAUUCCCAUUCUUAAUGCAUUAACAUGCUAUAUGAACAUUUUUGUUACCUGUGAUGAAGGUAAUAUUAUUCCAUAUUCCAUAUUAGAUGGAAUAAACAACUUUUCUGUCUACUUUAUUUUAGUUCUAAGGCUAUGCAAACACAUUUUGCUUAAGACUACAGUGCGAAAUUUGGCUACUGAACCUGUUUAAGUGGAUUUUCUUGGUUGCAGGCGAGAAAGAUUUAAAUUCCCAGACGCUUUUCAUUUUUGAACUUAAUAAGUGUCGCUGGUUCUCCUGUAAGACUGGCAAUUAUCACACACUCAUUUUAAAGAAAUUAUCUAGAGAUAAGGCCUCUAUGUUUCAUUUUCAAUAGAAACCCUGAUUUAAUAUAAUUCAGUCCAGCAAAUGUCAUCAUUCAGCUCCUCAUAUUUAAUCUGCCCUUCUGAUAUGAGCAUGAGGUGAAACCCCUGGACUAUAGAUGCUCUCUUCAUUGGAUCUCUGGUGGCUCUGUAAGCAAGACCUGUUCAUCUGGUAGAACCAGUCAUGAUUUGUAUAGUCUGAGAGCACAGAGAGGACGAGAGGCACUUUGUGUCAACUGGAGAGAGGAAUACGUACAAUACGAAUGGAAAUAUAAUAUUAGGAAACGCCUCACAGAGCCAAGAUUAAAAGGGAGACAGUGCAGCUUCCCUCGGGUCAGUGAUGACCGAUCGCUGCUGAUUGUCUGCUCAGAGCGGAGGGAUCCAUGGAAGAUGGAUGACUUCUUUUCAGCUGUUAUCAACCCAAGUCUUGCUUUCAGUAUUACUUCCAAAUUGCACAACCUGUGUACACAAGGCAUUCAUGACGUGUUUGAGAUAGGCAGAGAACAUUCUUCGGGCUGAUCGUUCUCUCACAGGCUCCAACUCAAGUUCUUUCACGCAUUAAGAAGUAUUUCCAUUGAAAUUAUUUUAAAAGUUGAACGUUUUUUGCUGCUAGAGCAAGGAAGACUGACAAAGGAAGUCCGCAUGAUGUCCAUAAGACAUCACUUAUUCUUCUCAUAACACCAUGAGAGACAUCACCAGCACCACCACUGCCGCCACCAGUAUCACCACCACCACAUAAAGAGACUUCUGCUGUUAUUUCUGGCCACGAUGUCCAGAUAUCAGGAGACGAGCCUAAAUGAUGAUGUUGUCUUUCUUCCUGCCAACGAAUCCAACCCGGGAUUUCUCCAUUCAGAGGUGGAACGAAACGCCCUGGAGUCCCUGAUCAGAUACGGACCCAAAGCUUUCUACUCCGAACUGAAUGCACAUCGACUUGAACCCUUUCUCUCCUCAGAGGAGGUGAACCAGGUGUCCAACUGGGUCGAGGAACGCAACGUGGAGGUGGUGGAAAAUGGGGGUAUUGCGAGUGAGAACAGCUCGGGAGAGCAGGAGCUCUCGGAUCAGUAUUUCCCUGAGAUUUCAGACACACCGGCUCCGUGUCUGGAGCUCGGAUGGCCGGAGAAGGACAGAUGGGAAGGUGUGGAGAGGGUCAUGAUCUACAGCAAUCCUCCGGUGGAGCAGGCUCCUCACAUCCGUGAGGUGAUCAGGAAGCUGCUGCAGGGAGCCACCAUGCUGAUCGCUAUCGUAGCAGACAGACUCACAGACAGCACCGUGAUCGGGGAUCUGCACUCGGCUGCUUCGCGAGAUGUCGUUGUCUACAUCAUCCUGAACCAAAGGCCUGCACAAGACAACCUCACACAUAACCAGCUCAAGCACCCGAAAAUAUCAGUUCGGAUUCUGGGUGGAAACACGUUUGCAACUAGUGAUGGGAAGAAGGUGGUGGGAGAGCUGAAGGAGAACUUUGUCCUGGUGGAUCUGGAGACGGUGGUUCUGGGCAGCUCUGGCCUGACCUGGAUUGAUGCUCAUCUACACCGGCAGCUCAUCACAGUCCUGAGUGGCCCGGCGGUGGCGUUAUACGACCGGGAGUUCCGCAUCCUCUACGCCGCCUCAACACCCGUUCCUGACUCAUGGAAGUCUGCCAAACCCAUAGAGCUUCCCGUGAUUGAUGGGACUCUUAACCAACCAGAACAAAAUGCUCAAAACCAAGUUCUGGAGGAUUGCCCACCCAGCCCUCCUCCACCCCCUGAGAACUCUCCUAUAGACUGGGAAACUCUCGGGGUCUUUCAGAAGACUGAGGACUCCGCAGAAGACCUGGAUUUGCCUGAGUUUACUCAAGAACCACCAACGUUACCUGACUGGCAAACUGGGCCUCCUGGAGCGGGUGUAACAGAGCUUCAUAUCACUGAAUGGCAAGAGGAAAGCAAGUUAUAUCGUUUUAUGGCUGAGCCGAGACACGCACAGGAUCAUCAAACCAUGUUUUGGAACACACAAAAACCAGAGAGGCUUCCGUACAGUUUUCUAAAAGAACGGAAUGAGGGACAGACCAUGUUCAGGCCCCGAGACUUCAGGAUGGAGAGGAUGCUGAUGGAAGACUUCGGGGCGUUCUCACGCUCUCAUCAACACGACAGUCUACCAAGUCUGGACAGGAUUAUGGGGGAAAACACCAUCCCAGAAGAGACGACACUCGGGUCAGCUGCAGCUCCAGUCUAUUAUAAGAAACCCAUUAUUGUGUGUGUUCCUCAGAAUGAAAAGUCUUGGAAUCUGGGUGACGUCCUGAAAAAGAUGAAUGACCACAGCACCAAGGGCCUGCAGUCAAACUUGACCAAAAACACCAUCAGCAAAUCCAAUCUGGACCUGAGUUCUCCGGGGACCGAGACACUGCAGAGGAGCCAGAGUCAGGCCAAUUUAUACGACAACUUCCCCAUGACCCCGGCUCUAGCCCUGAUGAAAAAGCGCAACGACGAGAUCAAGUCUUCAUUUCUGAGAAAUUUGCAUCCUCUGCCCAGACCCCGAAGUUUCAGCUUAGGCCUCAAGAAAUCUUCUUUCCUGAGAGAAAAACAUAACGAUGAGGACAAGUGAAGAAACCCUGACCGGAUGAGAAGGACGUGACGCAGGAGAUAAUCAUGGUUCUGAGAUCAGAAUGUGCUUAAGCACUAAAUCACACCAUGAACGAUGGAGGAGACGUGUUAAUAAAUCACCUGAACUGGAGAUGAACUGAAGUAGUAUUUGCUUUAAAAAAAAGUAUUUGGUGUCAGUACCAGAAGGACAUGGGGUCAAAUGAAGGAAUGUUUAAUUUAAUCAUCACAUUUUAGGGUUUACAUUCUCCGUGUUUCUUUUAGGUCUCAUUGUCCGAAGCGGGAGCAGAUACAGGAAAAUAAUCAAAGUGUUAUUCUUCUUAAACAACAGCAAUUUAUAAUUUCCUGUGUAUUUAAGCACACCACAUCAUACUUUGAAUCAGUUUCUAUUUUAACUGAAUGUUGUGGCACACCGUCAUUCUCUCACUAUCUUCUCUCUUAAUUCUGUCCUGACUUUAAUUUUGAGGUUGCCGUGUUACAGAGGAAGCUCUUCGUGUGAACUGGUCUGUCGCUUCACCUUAAACUGGAGACUCCUUCCAUACAUCUUAAAUAAAUAUUUUCUUACUGAAGUCUACACCAUAUCAGUGUAAUGUUGUCUGCUGUACACGUCCCUGUUGCUAUGGAAA